GAUUCUCUCUCAAUUCUCAAAGCUUCAAAAAAGCAGAGCAAAGCCAAAACUCUGAACUUUCUAUUCUUCUUUUUAUAUCAUCUUGUUUGUUUCAAUUCUGUUUUGCCGUUUCCUUCAAUGUACGUGCUCUUUACUAGCCCCCUAACUCAGUAACGCGCUACUCGGACUCACUUCCACUGAUAUCUUUUCCACUUUCCUCAUGGCCAACGACGUCCCCGCCGGCGAUGAUUUCCUCGAGCAAAUCCUGGGACUCCCCAACUUUUCCCCGUCUGAAACGGGCUUAUCUGGAUCCUACUUUGGAUUGGCUGGAACCGGUACGGAAGCUGGAGCACCAAUGUUCUUACAGCUCAGCUCCGGUGAAUGCGCCGGUCACAUCGGCGGAAUCGAAGGCGGUGCGUUUCAGGGACAGGUUUUUCCCUUGGGGUUGAGCUUAGAGGAAACUUCAGGUAGUGGCAAGCUGUUUCGCAAUGGGGUCGAUGAUGACAGAGCUUCUUCUGUGAAAAAUGUUUUUCCUGGCCAAUCUAUGCAAGCAACUGUUACUGCAUCACCGAGUCCUCCCGCAAUGCGCCCGAGGGUGCGUGCUAGACGAGGACAGGCCACAGAUCCUCACAGCAUCGCUGAACGAUUGCGUCGGGAGAGAAUUACGGAACGAAUCAGGGCAUUGCAGGAACUUGUUCCUAGUGUCAACAAGACUGAUAGAGCAGUCAUGCUUGAUGAAAUCGUAGAUUAUGUGAAGUUCCUUCGGCUCCAAGUUAAGGUUUUGAGCAUGAGUAGGUUGGGCGGAGCCGGUGCAGUGGCACCGCUUGUAACGGACAUUCCGAUAUCAUCAGUAGAGUUUGAAAGUGGUGAGAGUGGAAGAAUUCAACAGGCAUGGGAGAAGUGGUCGAACGACGUCACAGAGCAACAAGUAGCUAAGCUCAUGGAAGAAGACGUUGGAGCUGCCAUGCAAAUCCUCCAAUCGAAAUCUCUUUGCAUUAUGCCCGUGCCACUCGCCACCGCGAUCUACCACACGCAGCUACAAGAUACCUCCUCCGUUGUCAAGCCAGAAACGAAUCCUCCUCCAUAGACAUGAGGGUAAAAGGGAAAUCCCAGAGUUCAUCCUUCAUCCACUCAAUUGAUGCAUUGACAAGUAGAAGUAAAGGGGAAGUAUUGUCGAAGCUUCAAUUGUUUUGCUCUUCAUUUUUUGUAUCAGAAAAGGUGUACAAUGAUGGAUGGAAGCUCUUCUGUA